AUGGAGGAAUGUACUCGGCGCCUGGUGGAGAACGAAAUGCAAAGAGAAGCUGCGAUUCAUGAAUUGGAAGUCAUGAAAAAGAAAGUUCUGGCUUCGCAGAUGGAGAAGUUGGAACUGCAGAAAACUGUUCAAGCUAUGCAGGUUGACUUGGCCAAUAUUCGAUCGGCAAAUGUCACUCUGUACGACGAAUUUGAAGUUAUGCGACAAGGCCUCCAAAGAGAAUGCAUCAAAUCGUCUGAGUUGGCAGCUCAGAUGCAUGAAAAGGACAUCGUAGUUUUAAAAAUUCAGCGUGAGAAUGAGGCUUUGAAGGACACCUUGGCAAGAGCAGGUAUGACCGCCACUGAGUAUGGUUUUUCGUGCCUGAUUUUCUCAACAGAGGGCAUCAACUUGCGUUUACAGGAGCAGAUGGCAGAAAUGCAGAGACAAAUAGAGCUACUAUCUAUCAGGAAUGGAGUUGCAGAAUCAAAUAGAUUAAGACUCAUCAAGCGGACAGUAGCCAAGUGGUGCUCAACAACUCUGUCAAAAUCAUUUUCGGCUUGGAAGAAAAAUAGCCAUCAAGUCCGCAUUGCUAGGAAUAGAGUGAAUCAGUCACUCCGUAAGUGGUUGAACAAAGAGAAAAUACAAGCGUUUGCAAGAUGGGCUGAAGUUACUUCGAAGACGAAAGAAGUGAAGGCGAAAGGGAGGAAAGUCAUUUGGCGCAUGCUCAACGCAUCACUUUCUAGAGCUCUCGAUACUUGGAGAUCUUGUGCCUUGAACUCCAAGAAGCAAAGGCUCAUGAUGAGGGGUGUUUUACUUCGUUUGAUGCAGACUGCGCUGUUUACAGCAAUUGAGCGUUGGCAAGAAGCAACGAAGGAGUCCAAGACGAUGAAGGCGAAGGCGAUCAAGGUUGUACAGAGGAUGCUGAACUCCACUCUUGUGAUCUCGCUGGAGCGGUGGAGGGAAGCGGCGGAGGAGUCCAAGACGAUGAAGGCGAAGGCGAUCAAGGUUGUACAGAGGAUGCUGAACUCAACUCUUGUGAUCUCGCUGGAGCGGUGGAGGGAAGCGGCGGAGGAGUCCAAGGCGAUGAAGGCGAAGGCGAUCAAGGUUGUACAGAGGAUGCUGAACUCAACUCUUGUGAUCUCGCUGGAGCGGUGGAGGGAAGCGGCGGAGGAGUCCAAGACGAUGAAGGCGAAGGCGAUCAAGGUUGUACAGAGGAUGCUGAACUCAACUCUUGUGAUCUCGCUGGAGCGGUGGAGGGAAGCGGCGGAGGAGUCCAAGACGAUGAAGGCGAAGGCGAUCAAGGUUGUACAGAGGAUGCUGAACUCCACUCUUGUGAUCUCGCUGGAGCGGUGGAGGGAAGCGGCGGAGGAGUCCAAGACGAUGAAGGCGAAGGCGAUCAAGGUUGUACAGAGGAUGCUGAACUCCACUCUUGUGAUCUCGCUGGAGCGGUGGAGGGAAGCGGCGGAGGAGUCCAAAGCGAUGAAAAGCAGAGCGAUGAAAGUGAUUCAGAGAAUGAAGAAUGCUUGUGUAGUGGAAACAUUCGAGCACUGGAAAUCUGUGAUCCCACAGAAGGAAGAAGAGGGUAAUUUGAUGAUUGCUAAUGCUUUCUGGUUCACUCAUUAUUUGCUUCUAGAAUCAGAGGUUUUGUUGCAUCCUGAUACCAUGUUGGUUGUUUCGAGGAGAAACUCGAUCAGCAAGAUGAAGGACAUCACCUCGAAGAAGGCUCGCAGCGAGGAGACAACCUUCGCUUAG